AGCAAAUUAGCAAGGAAAUGGGCGAUUUGUCCGUUACUGCCAGUGUGAAACACUUUUACCCAGCCUGACGAAAAAACCAUCCUCACUACGCCACAAAAUUGGAGGCGAAGCAGUGAUCGACUUUUCUAACUCUCAAUUCACUUUCGAAAUCCCAGACGAGUUCAUCUCCUCCUCCUCCGCCUAGCGUCCAAAAAGUAAGAAUCAGAAUGGUCUGCCCGUGCUACUUUUCACCUGUGAGAAAAAUGAGACUUUUCCUCCUCGUCCUCCUCUUCGUCACAAUGACAAAGUCGGAAAUCCUGCAAGUUGUCAAGAAAAGUGAACGAAUAAUGAAACCAAUGGGGUUCGAGAGUUUAGUGUCAACUUUUAAUUCGACAAGGGAAGCGAGACGGUCGGUCGUUUCCGGAGGAUUAUUUAGCAUAGUUUCAUUCGACAAUGUCCCCUGCAUGGCAAUGUCCGGAGACAUUGGGACUUGCUAUUCUCAAAGAGAAUGCACCAAUCUUAUGGGAACAGCGUCAGGAGUGUGUGCCGGAAAUUUUGGAGUCUGUUGUGUCGUGACGCCAAGUUGUGGAGGCACAGUGACGACGAACAAUACGUACUUCAUCAACACGGGCUUCCCCGCAACAGUCUCGGGACCAUUGAUGUGCUCCGUCACUGUGAACAAGUUGGCUGGGGCAAGUGAGCUGUAUCUGGAAUUCACCAAUUUCCAAAUAGCCGGCCCCACACUCGGCGACUGUACGAAUGACACUUUUACAGUGACAAUAACCGGAAGUACGUCCAGCAUGACGGUGCCCAUCUUGUGCGGAAAUUUAGGCAAUCAAAUGUACUACAUCGACAUUAGUAAAGCCACGGGUCCGUUUACGCUAAAAUUUAAUUUGGGGAGCACAACUUUCGCGAGGAGUUGGAAGAUUAGAAUCGUUCAAUUUAAAACGGGGGAUGCGUGCGCUGCUCCGAGUGGUUGUUCCUUGUAUUUUAGGGACCCAUCAGGCACGGUGGAGACAUUUAAUUAUAACAUGGGUCAAGGAGAGUUAAUUAACAAUAUUUGUAUAAACGUAUGCUUCCAACUCCAGCCGGGCUUUUGUAGCAUAAUGUUGACUGAAAAUGAGUUCAUGCUCAGUGGAAUUGCCCCAAAUGACUGUACUGAGGGUGACUACCUCCUCGCAAAUGGACAGCGAUUCUGCGGGGAUACUUUGGGCAAUGGAAUGCUCGUUGUCAAUCAGACAAUGUCCUCGGGCUUCUUGCAGAUUCAAGUGUGUUCCGGGAACACAAACCCAGAUAUGGACCUCGGUUUCAAAUUAAAUUAUACACAACUUCCUUGCCCGUCUUCCGUCGGGUAGCCAAAACUUCUGACCAAGUUCAACUCUGACAUGACUCUGACAUCAUAUUUCAUCCUCUUCCUCAUCAACUUCGUACAUACAUAUCUUCGAGGAUACCACCCGAUCUAGUUCUGGUUGGGCAUAUGUAUGUAUAAGCUAUACAUUACGUAUUGGUUACUCAGUGAUCGAAACCAUUCGGUAGUACAGACAACAACAAUUUUUAGACUUUGUUCUCCUAAUCGCUAAUCAUUAAGAGUGUUAUUUGGGUGUUCGUUCCUUUCUAUUCUAUCUUGAACCACUUUGUAUAAAACUACUCACUUUUUUUGUAACGGUCGCCCCAGCUUUUUACAUGUACACGUAUUUAUUUAUUUAUGUAUUUAUUUAUAUAUUCAGGUAUUUAUUUAUUUAACGACUCAAAGAAAGGAGAGCUCUGCGUGAUUAUGAAAAUAAAAACAAAGCCAGGAAGGACAAGAA